GUAGACGGUAGUGGCUGUAGAGCCAAAAUGGCGCCUAGAGUUGGCCGUCUAGACCGAGUUCGGAGGAACAAAUAAAUAUCCAAUGAAACAGACAGUAAAGUAAAAAGACGACGGAAAUAACAUAAACACGCCUUCACCGUUGGUACUUGUUUUGUUUUACCAACAACUAGCAGCAGUCGUAGCUUCCUUGAGAGGAGAGCUAGCUAUGCACCUGUUUUAAUUUAGCUGUUAGCUUCCAGUAUAAUUCAGUGGAGUGGAUUCACACUGACAGCUUAAAAUAAGGAUGGCACAGUGGGACAGACUGAGGCAGCUUCCUCCUGUGUACAUACAGCAGCUGCAUGAGCUCUACGACAGAGAUGGUUUACCUAUGGAUGUUCGGCACUACCUGUCAGCCUGGAUAGAGAAGCAGGAGUGGCAACGAGCAGCACGGGACCAUGACUUUGCUGUGGUGCUGUUCCAGGUUCUGCUGGAGAAUCUGGAUAUCCAACACAGCCGCUUUGUCCAGGAGGAGUCAUUCUUACUGCAGCACAACAUUCGACGCUAUAAGCAGAACUUUCAGAGGUAUCUGGAUGAACCAUGCUCUUUGGCAACUGCAAUCCUGUGGUUUUUGGAAAAGGAAAAGGAAAUCCUGGCUAGUGCUGAUCUGGCUGAACAGGUCCAGCUUUUACGAGUCGACCAGGAAGCCAUGGAGAUGAACAGCCAGCAGGACCUUGAACGUAAAAUGGCCGGCCUCAGGAAUGAAGUGCAGUGUAUGGAGCAUACAAUGGUAUGUCUGGAGGAGCAGCAGGAUGAGUUUGAUUUUAAAUUCCAAACCCACAAGAUGGAAGCUGCUGUUGACGAGGCCUUGAAGAAAGAACAGAUGACUGUUCUUCAGUUCCUCGCCAACAGACUCAAUGACUGCAGAAAGAGCACAUUGGCAGACAUAAAUAAGGUCCUGGAUUGGAGUGAUGAUCUGAUCAACCUGUUGGUGAAGAAGGAGCUGGUGGAGUGGCAGAGGAGGCAGCAGAAAGCCUGCAUUGGAGCUCCAGACAAUGUUUGCCUGGAUCAGCUUGAGAAGUGGUUCACUUCCGUGGCAGAGUGUCUGUUCCAGGUACGGGGGUUUCUUAGUAAGCUGGAAGAGCUGUCAGGAAAAGUGUCCUAUGAAAAUGAUCCUGUAAAGGCCCGGAGACCUGCACUGCAGAAGAGAGCAGACACUCUUCUCGAAGAGUUACUCAAGAGCGCCUUUGUGGUUGAGACUCAGCCGUCUAUGCCCCAGGGGAAAGGACCGCUGGUUCUCCGGACAAACGUUCAGUUCUCUGUCAAGACCAGACUUCUUGUCAAGUUUCCUGAACUGAACCACUCCAUGAAAGUGGAUGUGUCCAUGGACCGGGAGCCUCCUCAGAUCAAAGGAUAUCGACGCUUUAACGUCAUGGGGACCACAACCAAAAACUUGAACAUGGCUGAGAGCCAGAAUGGAGGCAUGGUGGCAGACUUUAGACAUCUGACUCUGAAAGAGCAGAAGUCUGGAGGUGGCAGCAAAGGAGUCAGUGAUAUUUCUCUGAGUGUUACAGAGGAGCUGCACCUCAUCUACUUCAACACUGUAUUUGAGCUGAAAGGACUGGCAGUUGGGAUGCGGGCCUGCUCCCUGCCUGUGGUCAUCAUCUCCAACUCCAGCCAGCAGCAGAGUGCCUGGGCGUCUGUCCUCUGGUUCAACAUGCUCAGUCAGGAUCCCAAGGAUGUCAUAUUCUUUGCCAGCUCUCCUGCAGCCCCUUGGCCACAGUUUGGAGAGAUGUUGAGCUGGCAGUUUCUGUCUGCCACUAAACUUGGUCUGAAUGCUGAUCAGCUGGAAAUGAUUGCACACAGACUCUUUGGGAAGCAGCCGAACUACGACACCUGCAAAGUAGCAUGGUCAAAAUUUAGCAAGGAAAAUCUGCCUGAGACGUUCUGGGUCUGGUUUGAUGGCAUUUUAUUCAUGGUGAAAACAUACCUGGCGGACCUGUGGAAGGAAGGCCUCAUCAUGGGUUUUGUGACCAAAGGCAAAGAGAAGUCCCUGCUGAAGAAGAAAAAGAGAGGCACGUUCUUGUUGCGCUUCAGUGAAAGUGUCAUCGGAGGAAUCACCUUCUCCUGGGUGGAAACGGCUGUAACUGGAGCGCCUGAUGUAAAGACAGUCCAGCCCUUCACUAAAGAGGACCUUUCCCAGAUCCCUUUCCAUGAAAUCAUCAGGAAUUUCCAGCUCUUAGAAGCUGAUAAUGUCCCUGAAAAUCCUCUGCUCUACCUGUAUCCUGACAUCCCGAAGGACCAGGCUUUUGGAAAAUAUUACACUGAUAAGACUGGAGAUGACAGUCCGUACAUCAAGUACAUCAAAACCAAGCUGGUGUUUGUUUCAAAGGAGAACACACUGGAGGCUAAGUCACCCAUGUCCUCUGACAUGGCACAGGGUGAAGGCCUGGAGCCAAUCAAUGGCCUGUGUGGAGAGGCAGCUGAACAAAACGGAGAUUCUCAUCCUCUGAACAUACCUCUGGAACCUUACCACCCGGAUCCAAUGCUGAGUAGCUCUGCUGUGGAGCCGCAAGAACAGGAUUUGCUGAUAGAUCCCAGCACCAACCUCCUUGCUGAGAUCCUGCAAGAUGAGACAGUGCCGAAUGAUUUAAAUUUUCAAGGAUUUAAUGGCCUGACACCAGUGCUGAAUGAUUUCAAUCUUCAAGGAUUUAAUGGCCUGACACCAGUGCUGAAUGAUUUCAAUCUUCAAGGAUUUAAUGGCCUGACACCACAGUCCUGUGGAAGCAUUUUCCAGUAGGUGUCUGUGUCUGUUCGACCAAACUACUGUACAUCACUCACUGUCAGCUUUAAUCUUAGCUAUUUACAUCGCAGGAUCCACGGCAAAAGGUGUUCUACACAUAGCAGAUCCGGCAUUAACACAAUAAUUUACUUUUCAUUCUAUUUCAUGUGAAACACUUGACAUUUCAUCUUAUGAUUAUGAUCAAUGUUGAAGAAAAAUGGAUCGACAUUUACAGCUUGGCGUGCACCUUGGAAUAACAAUAAUGCAAUCCCUUUUCAGCUUGUAGUCAUUUUUACUGUUAUUUGAAAGAUUAAUUAUGAGAUAGUUCAAUGAGCUGGCCUCAUCUGCUCUAUAUGUUGUAGUUUGGGACCCUUUUAAGAUCAAGAAUCUAAAGUAUGUUAGAAAACUGUCAAUGGCAGCUGCUGGGAAGGGCUCAUGUGCAUAGUAAGUGUUGUAGAGUGCACUGUGUGAACUGCACUUAAUUUAUUGUUUUAUUAUUUGUUGUGAAAUCUUCGUUUUUGUCACCUUCAGCCUAUGAUUUAUUGUACUGGAAUAUGGCACUUUUGUUUGUUUUACAGUAACCUUUACCAUUAACCUGCUCAUUUCUGUCACUGAAAGUGAACCUUUAUCACCAAUAAAAUGGAACUGACUCAC